CUCCUUAGUCAAAACUUGGAAAAUUUUCUCAGGUUUUAUUACAAAUCACAAAAUGUCUUCUUCAAGAAUUCCCUCCUUUGUUUAUCUGCUAAUUAGCCUUGCUUUUCUUCUGCAAACAGCUUUGGGAGCUGAACCUCUCUUCCAUUUUUGUUUAGACACUGGGAAUUUCUCCGCCCAUGAUCCUUAUGAAUCCAACUUAGGCAAGCUCUCUGGCUAUCUCUCCAUUCAAACUCCUCCCUCGGGGUUCGGCCUCGGUUCCAUUGGUCAAACCCCGAACCAAGCGUUCGGCCUCGCUCUUUGCCGGGGCGAUGUGUCGAGCCAAGAUUGUAAAACCUGUGUCGUCGAAGCAGGCGGCGAGAUACGAAAGCGAUGCCCCUACAACAAAGGUGGAAUCAUCUGGUACGAUUACUGUCUUUUCAAGUAUUCGAACACGGAGUUCGCGGGUCAAAUCGAUAACCGGAAUAGGUUCUACAUGUGGAACUUGAAUAGCGUGAGUGAACCCCAGGCCUUCAAUGAGAAGACCAAGGGGCUGCUCACUGAGUUGGCUAAUCAAGCUUAUGCCAAUCCCAAAAUGUAUGCCGUGGAGACGGAGCUUUACGGAUCGGAGAAGCUUUACGGGUUGACUCAGUGCACCAGGGAUCUUUCUAGCGGUGAGUGUAAGAGGUGUCUUGACGGCAUAAUCGGCGAGCUUCGGAGUUGCUGUGAUGGGAAGGAAGGUGGUAGGGUCGUUGGUGGCAGUUGUAACUUUAGAUAUGAAAUUUACCCUUUCGUUAAUGCUUAAACCUUUAUGAGACAAAUACUAUAUGCCCAUGAAUAAAUA